CCUCCCCACGCUCUGUCCCUGCAGAUGAUGAGGACAGUGACUACCACCAGGAGCCCUACAAGGAGUCGUACAAGGAUCGCCGUCGCCGCGCACACACUCAGGCUGAGCAGAAGCGCCGAGAUGCCAUCAAGAAAGGCUACGAUGACUUGCAGGCCAUUGUCCCCACCUGUGAGCAACAGGAUUUCUCCAUAGGCUCCCAGAAGCUGAGCAAGGCUAUCGUCCUCCAGAAAACCAUCGACUACAUCCAGUUCCUUCACAAGGAAAAGAAAAAGCAGGAGGAGGAAGUUUCUACUCUUAGGAAAGAUGUGAUGGCCUUGAAGAUCAUGAAAGUGAACUAUGAGCAGAUUGUGAAAGCUCAUCAGGACAACCCAAACGAGGGGAAGGACCAGGUGUCUGAUGAGGUGAAGUUCAACGUUUUCCAAGGCAUCAUGGAUUCCCUGUUCCAGUCCUUCAAUGCCUCCAUCUCCGUAACAAGCUUUCAGGAGCUCUCGGCAUGUGUCUUCAGCUGGAUCGAGGAGCACUGCAAGCCCCAGACGCUGCGGGAGGUUGUCAUCGGGGUCCUGCACCAAGUGAAGAGUCAGCUCUACUGA